AUCCAUGAGCAGAACCGGGACCUGGACCGGGACCUGCAGAACCAGAACCAGGACCGGGACUAAGAUCUGGUUCUGAGGGUCUGGGAACCGUGACGUCACAGCCUGUGUCGGAUCAGCCUCUUCAUCUUCAUCAUCUUCAUCCUCUUCCUCCUCUUUGUCCUCUGGAGGUUUUUUAAGGAUGUGGUUUAAGGACGGACCUGGACCUGGACCUGGACCUGGACCAGGAUCCGGACCUAAACCUGGACCAGGACCAGGACCUGGACCUCAAACCAGUUCCAGUUCUGGUUCCAGGGUCUGGGUCCCUGGACCCGGGUCCACCUGGACCGGCACUGUCCCGGGCCCCGGGUCCAAGAGGUCGGACCGGCGCAGACUGAGCUCGGUGUCGGACAGCGGAGACACCGGCAUCGGAACCUGCUGCUCCGACAGCAACGAAGAUGACUCUGGUUCCACGUCGACUCCUCUGAGUUUCCGGCCGCUGCCGUCUCUCCGCUUCAGUCCGGACGACGACGGAGUCCCCGGCGUCCCCGUCGUCCCUGUCCUGCCAACCCCGUCCUCUUCACCCGGGACCCGCCUCAGAACCCCGUCCUCGGCCCCCUGGAGCCGGUCCUGCCCCCGGGUCCCGGCCUGGUCUCCUGCCCCCCCAGACCUGCAGGACCUGAGGGACCUGAGGGACCUGAACCCCCAGCCCAUCCGCAGGAGCUCGUCCUUCACCCGGUUGUCCUCCGGUCCUGACAGGAACCCGGCCAGAACCUCCAGGUACCAGCCCAGGGCCGGAGCCACCGGCUCCCUGGACCGGGGUCUGCUGCCCGGGUUCAGGAAGAGAGGGGGGUCGGACCUGGACCUGUACCUGGACCUGUACCUGGACCUGACCCCCUCCGGGACCCGGACCUCCUGCUUCCUGCAGCGGUCCCCCGGGUCCAGUCCGGGGUUCUGGUCCACCGGGGGGGAACCGGACCUCCGCCCGUCCUCGGCUCACUCCUCCCCGGUCCGGCAGACCGGUCUGGACUGGACCUACAGUCCUCUAUCCGAGGGUAGACCCCCGCUGGCCCCCGGGGGUCCUGGUUCUGGUCCGGGCUGGUCCAGACCCGUCCAGAGGUCCGACAGAACCUCCCCCAUCCAGCCGGCGGUCCGGACCCAGAUGUGGCUGACGGAGCAGAUGGAGUACCAGCCCAGACCGGACCAGGGGGGUCCAGCGGGUCCACCGGGUCCACCGGGACCCGGCGGGACCAGGACCGACGGCUGGGAGGUCAGCGACCCGUCUCCAUGGCAACAGGACGCGGCGCAUCACCAGGCAUCGAUGUCACUUCCUGUCAGCGCUCUGGUGAAGGUGAAGGAAGGGCUGCUGAGACAACGAGAGCUGGAGAUCAACAGACAGAAGCAGCAGAUCCUGCAGCUCCAGGCCCGGAUCAGAGAGAACGAGCUCAGAACCCAGCAGGUCCUGCAGACCCACAGGGACCUGGACCUGGACCCCCUCAGAACCCAGCAGGUCCUGCAGACCCACCUGGACCUGGACCUGGACCCCCUCAGAACCCAGCAGGUCCUGCAGACCCACAGGGACCUGGACCUGGACCCCCUCAGAACCCAGCAGGUCCUGCAGACCCACCUGGACCUGGACCCCCUCAGAACCCAGCAGGUCCUGCAGACCCACCGGGACCUGGAUCUGGACCCCCUCAGAACCCAGCAGGUCCUGCAGACCCACAGGGACCUGGACCUGGACCCCCUCAGAACCGGUUCUGGUGAACUCAGUCGGAGGUUAACGACGGCAGAACUGGAGGUUCUGCAGCUCAACAAGUUCUUCAAGCAGGUCAACCAGAAAUACAGCGAGGACGUCCGCAAGCUGGAGGACAAGAUAAAGACGAGGGAUCGUUACAUCUCCAGCCUGAAGAAGAAGUUCCAGAGAGAAAGCGACCAGAACAGAGAGAAGCAGCAGCGAAUAGAAACUCUGGAGAAAUACCUGUCUCAGGUUCCAACGCUGGACCAGGUGGACGUCCAGAACAAACAGCAGGAGCAGACGUGUCUCCGGGUCUCGGACCUGCAGAGACGAGUGUCUCGUCUGCAGAGACGUCUGGACGACGGCAGGAAUCUGAUGGAGCAGAAGGACAAGAUGAUCCAGGUCCAGAACGAGAGGGAGGACGAGCUGCUGUCCUCCGUCCUCAGUCUGAAGGGGAAGGUCCAACAGUGUCUGGACGACGGCGUCCGGCUGCCGAUGCAGGACCUGAAGAGGCUGGAGGUGGAAAACCUGGACCUGCUGCAGCAGCAGGACCAGAGCAGCAGGAUGUUCAGGAUCCAGAGAGACGAGAUCGAGCGUCUGACGUCGCGGCUGAAGGCCGCCAGCUCCAAACUGCAGAAGAAGAAAAGCUCCUGUCAAUCAGAGAAGGAAGUUCCCUGGUCCAGGACGGUGCAGGAGGGAGAUGAGGGUGAGGGUGAGAGGGUGAAGGUCAGGACGUCGGAGCUGGACCAGCUGCUGAAGGAAAUGUUCCUGAUUCUUCUGGACCUGCAGGGUCUCUGCAGCAUCCUGGCCCAGCGGGCCGAGGGGAAACAGCCCAGCAUCUCCCUGCUGCUGGGGCUGAACCCGGAGGACUGCGAUCGCUCCCUGCAGGAUCAGGAGUUGAGCUUCAAGCUGCUGGAAGUCGGUCGUCUGAGGAGAGACAUCGAUGAGCUGAGGAGGAACCUGGACCUGGUCCUGGUCUAGACCUGAUCCUGGACCUGGUCCUGGUCUAGACCUAGACCUGGACCUGAUCCUGGUCUAGACCUGGAUCAGGGGCCAGUCCCCCCUGUCCCCAGUGGAAAUUGCGUCGUGGCACUAACCGGCAGCAACGGCGUGCUGCCACUCAAUCGCUUUAUUUUAUUGUAUACUAUUUAUAUUCUUAUUCUAACUUUUACUGUGACCACCAAAUAAUGUGGUUUUCCUGUCCUACAUAUCAUCUACAACAUCUAAAGUCAGUGUCACGGUGGCUCGACACGUCUCAUUCAUCCUGAAGCCAAACAGGCUGCAGGUGGCACUGCACAUGCUCAGCAGGCUCAUCCAUAUGCAUUUAUGGUAAAAAGUGGGCGUGUAGAGGGCGGGAUAUGAGGCGGACAUUGCGUGAAUUUUUUUUGUGCCCGGCAUUUUCGGCUUUUGGGUGUACGUGCACUUUUAGUUUGAAUCCUACGCACUCCAUUUUAAAUGAGGCCCCAGAACCGGACCAGAACCGGACCAGAACCGGACCAGAACCUGCAUUUACGGACAUGGCUGAUCUAGAAUUCACAGAUCUACGGCAGAGCAGCGUCUGAACGGACCGUUAUAUUAAUAUAACUAUUAACACUAUAUAAAAGUGUCAAACGGAACAGUUUACACCUGAACUCUAACGAUGACAAAUGUACUCACUUAUAUUUCCACUUGGAGGAUUAAAAUAAAACAUUUGGAGGAAACGUGAGAUCUGAACUGUGUGUGUUUCUCUGGAGCAGAAGAAGAAAACACUUCCUGUAACUUCACUCUG